UACAGAAUUCCCGUACAGUUCGAUUACUCCGAUUGAGUCCGAUCGAGAGCCUAGGUGGUUCAAGUUAACCUAGACCGCGGUCUCCGCUCGACAGUUGACGCUGCAGAUCGUAGUUAGCGUUGUUCUUCUUCAUUUCAUUAAACGGAAAGAGAGAGCAGCACUUUUAACAUCAAGUGGCUCGUAAAGGGCGCGCCGCUCCCCGCUUAACAGGUUGCCGCAACAUAACCAAACAUAAGAGGCCCAUCAGCUUCGCCCACGCUGAAAGCGCUCACGAUAGUUUUCGUCCUCGUCGGGAAAGAUGCCGAAGAAUAAAGGAAGGAAUGCAUUCUUCUUCUUCAUGGCCGAUUGGAGAAAGCGCAUGGAGGCGCAAGGUUACAGCUUUCCCAACGGGUUCAGGGACGUUCAGCAGGAUCCAGAUUGUAACGAGGAGUGGAGGAGUUUAACUAAGCAAGAAAAAGGCCCGUACGAAGCUAUGGCCAAGAACGAUAAAGUCUCGUCGCAGAUAGCAGCCAAAGGCAAAAGAACGACACUUGGAGAAUCAAUAAGUAUGCUCGAGCAAAAACAGAAGGAAGCGGAGAUGUUUAUAAAAAAUAUGCAGGAAAAUAUAAAAGUGAUAAUCAACUCUGCGGUAAAUCUGAAUUUUGUGCCACAACUGAAAUUUUGUUUCGUACACGUUAACUGGUUUUUCUCCAAGAUUGUUAACAACACUAAUGAAUAUUUUCCGGCCGAAUAUGCAUUUGGAAUUUUUUCGCUUGAGAAAGGCAUAGAGGAUGUACAUCAUGUAAUUGUUAGCGCUCAGAUUCCAUUAGGAUAUAGACGGGAAGCAAUUGAGAUAAGUCAGAACUCUCACAAGAUACCGAUAGAAUAUACAGGUGGAGAGACUGACUUUGCUGUUAUGUACGACAAAUUGGUGAAUUUCCUAGAAUCAAGAAAGGUUGUGGAUCAAUAUCCUUAUCUGUAUACAACAAGAGAUUGUAUACAAGUAGUACGAUCUUUUAUGGGCAAACUGAGCAAUGCAGCACAACAAGAUAGAGAACAGUUUAAAAUUUAUGAGUUGGAAUCACUGUUUACACAUUUGGCGAAGGAAGCCUACAAGAAGAGGAACGAUCGAGUAAUAGAGCAUAUUCCUGUUUAUGCUGAAACUAUGUUCACGCGCUUUACAUAUAUCUUUGAUAAAGGAUUUGAGUGUUAUUUUCACAAAUAUGUUGAUGGAGGGACUGAAUGGUGCAGUAAAUGUAAGCUGCAACACUGGACAUGGACACUGUGCGAUGAGUUUUGUGAACCGUUUGGAAUUAUUAUGAAGCCAGGAAUACAUUGUACUCUUAAAAAUUCUGAGGCUGAUCUCUCUAGCAUGGCGAGCUUAAUUAAUAACAUUAAAAUCAAUGAUGCACCAUCUACAUCCGUGCCUAGUGACAUGUUGUCUAUGACAGGCGUAAGCGAACAACACAGAUUGAAAGUUUCUAGUAGGACAUACGAAGAAAACCUACGCCGUCGAAAUGAAUCUAAACCAGUAGAAGUUAUUGAUUACAGCAAAAUGUCAAGAGAAUCUGCCAGCAAGCCCAUUGGUGAACCUGCUAACAAGUUUAAUGAGUUUGAAGCUGCUGCGGCUAAGCCUGUUGAAGAAAAAAAAUAUGGGUCGAAAUACUUAAAUGAAAUGCCGUUGCGACCUCCGAAUAUAAAUCCAUUCACUUCCACGGAAGAUUUUCUUGUAAACGACGAUGAGAACUUUCCUCCUAUUGGUGGACGAGGUGUAGCUCUAAGAUCUCGAAUACAAAACGCAAGAAAGGUUCCUUUGGGCAAAGGACAAGGACACGCAUAAGCCAAGUAUUCGGAGGAAUGCAGACAUGAUAUAUACAACUUGAUGUAACUCUAACUAAACAUUUCAACGUUGCGUUAAGAAAAUUCAUAAUUUUUAUUAUAAUCAUUUAUUUUAUAAUGAAUAGUAUAAUAAUGCCAAAGAGUUUUUUUUUUUAAUUUGACAAGUACUUACAAAUUUUUUGAUGUGCAUAUCGAAUAUUUAUCUUGAAACAAUAAAAUAUAUACAUA